UUAGAUAGCCCACGUUAUUAGGUAUUUAAAAGUUACUGAAUCUUUCAAAUUCUGCAUUAUCUUUUCAUCAUAAAAACAAUUAUUAUUAUUAUUAUUAUUAUUAUUAUUAUAUAUUAAUACUCCUGAACUUAAAACUCAAGAACAAGUAGGACUCUUUAACUCCUAUAAAAGCAAACCUCCCUAAACAAUUCUUACUAAAAAAACUACGACAUUACUUUCUAUUUCUUUAUCUUUUUCUAAUCAUGGACAAGCUUCAAAUCAAAAAGCUUCUUCUUCUCAGGUAUUGCAGUAGGAGAUCAUAUGCAGUUGCAACAGAAAACAGAAGCAUGCAAUCAGUUUUAUCAGUGACGGGUAAAGCAGAAGAUUUGGCGGAGGAGAAGGUGAAGGAGAAGUCAUUUUGGAUGAGAGAUCCAAAGACCGGUAAUUGGAUUCCUGAAUCUCAUUUUGGAGAGAUCGAUGCUGCAGACUUGAGAGACAAGUUUCUCAAUGGAAAACCCAAAUUGUGAUUUUAACAAUGACACUAAUAAAUUAAAUUAGUAAUUCACUGACUUCAAUUACCAGAUUUAGACUCCUUU